CAGAAAUUGCACAUAUGUCUGAAAUGUAACAUAAUGCAUCAAAAAAUGUGCCGCUAUGAAGAGUUAACAGUGAAGAGACUGAGAUAUUCUCGCAAGUGGAGUGGUUUGAAACGCUUCGAAAGUCACACACAUCCUGCAAAGUCGCUCAGUGUCCAACAUUGUUAGUGCAGCCCUGGAUAAAAUGUUCUGGCAACGCACUGACUCUUUACAUUGCUUCACUAGGAUGCCUGGUGCAAAGAUCCUGCUCUUCCUUCAGAGCCUGACACGCAGGAAACCUCUUGAGCCCGCAGGAGAGGUGUCUAACUUCCGCCGUUGCCUGACAACCAUUGACCUUGUGGCUUUGGGGGUGGGCAGCACAUUAGGCGCCGGCGUGUAUGUGCUCUCCGGAGAAGUGGCCAGAACUGUGGCCGGACCCAGUAUCAUCAUCUCCUUCUUGAUAGCAGCCAUAGCCUCAGUCUUUGCAGGCUUGUGCUAUGCUGAAUUUGGUGCUCGGGUUCCCAAGACAGGUUCUGCCUACCUCUACAGCUACGUAACAGUGGGAGAGAUCUGGGCUUUUAUCACUGGCUGGAACCUUCUGCUCUCUUAUGUCAUAGGGACAUCAAGCGUGGCCAGAGCUUGGAGUGGAACCUUUGAUGACCUCAUUGGAAAUGUCAUUGCCAAUUCUUUGGGAAAACAAGCUCCCAUGGACCUGCCAGGAUUAGCUCCCUACCCAGACUUCUUUGCAGCUGGCCUUAUCAUGCUCUUGGCAGGUAUUCUUGCAUUCGGUGUUAAAGAGUCUGCCAUCGUGAACAAAGUUUUUACGGCAGUUAACAUCGUAGUCUUGCUCUUUGUUAUCCUCUCUGGCUUCAUAAAGGGAGAUCUCAACAACUGGUACAGUGGUGAAGAAACUCUUCAGAAUUCACAUGAAAACACAUCAUUGCUCAAUGAAACCAUGACUUUUGGAACCGGGGGGUUUUUCCCUUUUGGCUUUGGUGGAACAAUAGCAGGAGCGGCUACUUGCUUUUACGCAUUUGUCGGCUUUGACUGCAUUGCCACAACAGGAGAGGAGGUUCAGAAUCCCCAGAAGUCAAUCCCACUCGGGAUUGUGGCAUCCCUCCUCAUUUGCUUCCUGGCUUAUUUUGGCGUAUCUGCCGCCCUGACUCUAAUGAUGCCGUUCUAUUUGCUGAGUGUUAACAGCCCACUGCCUGUGGCGUUUACAUACGUGGGGUGGGGGCCUGCAAAGUACGCCGUGGCAGCGGGAUCCCUCUGUGCACUGUCAACAAGCCUCUUGGGAUCAAUGUUCCCUAUGCCCCGAGUGCUCUUUGCCAUGGCCAGGGACGGCCUUCUCUUCAGCCUUCUGAGCAGAAUGAGUGAGAGGCAAAGUCCUGUCAUUGCUACUCUAUCUUCAGGUGUUGUUGCAGCCAUCAUGGCAUUAUUGUUUGACUUGAAGGCGCUGGUUGAUAUGAUGUCCAUUGGAACCUUGUUUGCAUACACCCUUGUUGCCAUAUGUAUUCUCAUAUUAAGGUAA